AUGACCCGAAAUUCAAAGGUCCGAUUCAAAAACGGUGAACCGGCUAAAUAUGACCCGAAAUUCAAAGGUCCGAUUCAAAAACGGAGCUGCACGGACAUCAUAUGCUGUGUCCUGUUCAUGGUCUUCAUUCUGGGCUACAUAGUAGUGGGGAUAAUAGCUUGGCUGUAUGGUGACCCACGCCAAGUGAUCUAUCCAAGAAAUUCCACCGGAUUCUAUUGUGGAUUUGGAGAAAACAAAGACAAGCCCUUUGUGCUAUAUUUCGACUUAUUGAAGUGUCUCGGUAGUGUGAACGUCUUGGCAGCAGCAAUGAAUAAUCUGCAGUGUCCCACCACCCAGGUUUGUGUUGCGGAAUGUCCUCAGAAGUUCAGGGCGUCUAUACCAAUUGGUGACCCAAAAACUGUCUAUAACCAAUCGUUCUGUCAACCGAGUAUUAACCUAACUACUACUACACUGAGUGUGAGAGAAAUUUCAACUAAGGAGCUAUGUCCUGUCUUCCUGGUUCCCUCUAAACCUAUCUUUAACAGGUGCUUCCCCCAUGUCGACAUCAGCUAUGAAAAUUUUACUGUAUACGGCAUGAGCGCAAAUGACACGAAGAACAAUAUUACAAAUGCAGCCAAGACAAUUGCGGAUUCCUUGAACUUUCAGAAUCUGAGCAAAAAGAUUUUUGAAGAUUUUGCCAAGUCGUGGUCCUGGAUCCUCAUAGCUCUGGCGAUUGCCAUGGUGGUCAGCCUCCUCUUCCUGAUCUUGCUGCGUUUCACCGCCGGGUUCCUGGUUUGGAUUCUGAUCAUCGGUGUUAUCGGCGUCAUCGGAUACGGCAUCUAUCACUGCUAUAUGGAGUAUUCCAGCACCACCCAGACUUUCAAUGAAGUGGGCUUCAACCCCAAUCUGUCCGUUUAUUUCCACGUGAAAGAGACCUGGCUGGCCAUCUUGAUUGUGCUGGCCGUGGUGGAGGGGGUUCUGCUGCUGCUUCUCCUGUUCCUGCGGAAGAGGAUCCUUAUCGCCAUCGCUCUGAUUAAAGAGGCAAGCAAGGCAAUUGGUUACAUCAUGUCUUCCCUGUUCUAUCCACUGGUCACGUUUGUUCUCCUGGUGGUCUGUGUGGCGUAUUGGGGUAUCACCGCUCUAUAUCUGGCAACCUCAGGAGCACCAUUGUACAGGGUAUCUGUAGCAAACACCAGCAUUGAGGGGUGUAAUGACAUAUCGGGAAAUGAAACCUGUGACCCCAUGAAUUUUACUAGCAAAGCAGGGUGCCCUCAAGCCCAGUGUAUCUUCUUCAAGUACAACACAGAGGGCAUCGUCCAGCAGAAUAUCUUCAACCUGCAGAUCUAUAACAUCUUCGGUUUCCUGUGGUGCAUUAACUUCGUCAUCGCUCUGGGCCAGUGUGUCAUGGCGGGAACGUUCGCCUCUUAUUACUGGGCAUUUCACAAACCUAAGGACAUGCCCUACUUCCCUGUUUCAGCCGCAUUUAUGAGAACGCUGAGGUACCAUACAGGAUCCUUGGCGUUCGGUUCUCUCAUUCUCACCAUCGUUCAGAUGAUCCGAAUCGUCCUCGAGUAUCUGGACCACAAGCUGAAAGGAGCGCAGAACCCGUGCACCCGCUUCCUCAUGUGCUGCCUCAAGUGCUGCUUCUGGUGUCUAGAGAAGUUCAUCAAAUUCCUGAACCGCAAUGCAUACAUCAUGAUCGCAGUUUAUGGAAAGAACUUUUGCGUCUCUGCUAAGAACGCCUUCAAGCUGCUGAUGCGGAACAUUGUGAGGGUGGUUGUCCUGGAUAAAGUGACCGACCUUCUCAUUUUGUUCGGGAAGCUGAUUGUUGUAGGAGGAGUCGGCAUCCUGGCAUUUUUCUUCUUCUCCGGUCGACUGCCAAUUCCAAACGAUGCCUUCAAGUCUCCGAGUUUGAACUAUUACUGGAUACCAAUCUUGACGGUGGUCGUCGGAUCAUACAUCAUUGCUCAGGGCUUCUUUAGUGUGUACAACAUGUGUGUAGACACCCUCUUCCUCUGCUUCUUGGAAGACUUAGAAAGGAACGAUGGCUCUGCAGAGAAGCCAUACUACAUGUCUAAAUCUCUCAUGUCCAUCCUCAACAAGAAGAACCGCCCGGCCGAGGGCGAGGAUAAGAAGAAAAAGAAGAAAUAAUGAUUGCUGGUAGGAUUCGCACAGCUCCACACUCGGACUGAUAAUAAGAGAAUCUUCCCAAUCCGCCACUGCUUCCCGACUGGCAGGCAGGAUGAGAAUUGCUGCUGAUUUCUUUUUUUUUUAAAUCUUUUUCUAUUCAUAUCCGUUAGGCGACCAAUCACUUUUCUGGGGCCGGCGACAAAUGUCAUGGCGUCCAUUUUGUUUACAUUUCAGUAGUGUGAAAAUCCAACAAGAAGGGUUUAAAAACGGGCCAUUGAACGGCAAGAUGUUUAUUGUU